AUGAAGAUGAACUUUGGCUCAGUUGUGGUCGCCGCGGGUCUCUGCGGGCUGCUGAGUUUCAUCCUGCUCGCCGUGUCCAUCACCACUGAAUACUGGUACAUUAUAGAUGUGGAUGAAGGCAAGAACUCCAGCCUGGAGUACAGCAGCUCUCACUCCGGGCUCUGGAGGAUUUACGAAGGACCCAAUGGCAGUUAUCAUGACAUCUCCUUCUACACGGACACAUCGCAGCACACCGAGCAGGAGAAACACCUUCUGGACCUGCACAGGGUGAUCGUGGUGCUGCUGCCGCUCAGCCUGGUGCUGCUGGUGUUUGGAGGAAUCUUUGCUCUGGUGGCGUCUUUGGCUCAGAGCUGCUCUCUCCUCAUUUGCAUAGCUGUGUACUUUCUCAUCUGCAGUCUGUUGACGGUGUGUGCCGUGAGCCUCUACAUCAGUUACUCUCAGCAGGCUCUGGAGGAACUCCGGCUCACGGUGGACGUGGACUCUCUAACUCACGUUCACAUGUCCUACGGCUGGUCUCUGGCCAUGGCCUGCGUGUCCUUCAGCCUGGAGCUGCUGACAGGACUCCUGCUGCUGCUGGCGGCUCAUCUCGUCCAGCGUGAACCGGCCAGAGACAGACUGAGCCAGAGCGAGCCCCAGAGCCUCAGACUGCAGUGA